CCAUUCUCCUCUGCACUUCCUCUUCUCACAACUCCUCUCUCUCUCUCUCUCUCUCUCUCUCUCUCUUCCCAGAUCUCGUCGCCCGCCAUGGAUCCCUACAAGUACCGCCCCUCGAGCGCGUACAACACGCCGUUCUGCACGACGAACUCAGGCGCACCAAUAUGGAACAACACGGCCGUGAUGUCGGUUGGAGAAAGAGGUCCGAUCCUUCUAGAAGACUACCAACUAAUCGAGAAAAUCGCGACGUUCACCC